UAUAAAUCUUUGGAGCAGGGGUUGUCUUUGGUUUGAUUUCCAGGCUAGAAGUAAUAUGAAACAAUCAUGAGUUUAGCACAAAUGGCAUGGAAGGAGCUGUUGGUGAGCUAAUAGAUCUGCAUGAUUUAGAGAGUGAAAAAGAGAGAGAUAGCACAGGGCUGGUCACGGUUGUUGACACUGGGUUUCUGCCCAUGUCAUGUGGCGCAGGGCAGACACCUGGGGGCAAAGGGCAAGUUUUGCUUUGGAACAGGGCAGCCCCAGUUGCAUGGCCGGCAUUUGUGUAUCACCUGAAAUACACGGCGACACAGAAGCAAGGUUGCACCUGGGGUUGAGGAAGCAGCCUGGGUAAGGGGGCAGCCCUGGCACUAGCAGGCGCGGCGGUGGAAAUGCUGGCCAAGCGCCUGACCGUGUCUGCGCCAGGGAAGGCGAUUCUCCACGGGGAGCACGCUGUGGUGCACGGCAAGGCAGCUCUGGCUGUGGCCUUGAACCUGAGAACGUUUCUUCAAAUUAGACCCUGUAACAAUGGAAAGGUUGCAAUACACUUGCCCAAUAUUGGAACUAGUUUAAACUGGGAAAUGGGCCAGCUCCAGACACUGCUAACAGCAUUUUCAGCUGGCUUGGAUCAAUCUAAAUCUCCCAGCCCAGAACAAAUGGACAAACUGAGAGAGAUUGGGAGUCCAAUAGUGAUUCCUGCAGCCACUGAGAGUCUUGCUGCCCUGGCAUUUCUCUAUCUGUACCUGUCUAUUUCAGCUAAAUAUGGGCAGAUACCAAGUGUGGAGAUAGUAGUGUGGUCUGAGCUGCCCGUCGGAGCUGGACUAGGCUCAAGUGCUGCCUAUUCUGUUUGCUUGGCAGCUGCCCUUUUGACUGCAUGUGGAGCCAUUGGUUGCCCAUUGAAGGAAGAGAAGUACAUAGCCAGGUGGCCGGAGGAGGAGUUGGAUUUAAUUAACCAAUGGGCAUUUCGGGGAGAGCAGGUCAUCCAUGGCAAACCUUCUGGUGUGGAUAACUCUGUCGCGACUUGGGGUGGAGUACUCAGAUUUCAAUCAGGAAAAAUCACCUUGUUGAAGAGGGUGCCAACUCUAAGGAUCUUACUGACCAACACAAAGGUCUCUCGGAGCACCAGGACCCUUGUAGCAGGUGUCAAAGACAAGAUUCUUAAGUUUCCUGCUAUAAUGAACCCAGUGCUUGCCUCAAUAGAUGCGAUUUCUAAUGAGUGUGAAAACGUUCUAGAAGCAAUAGCUUUGAGUCCAUCACAGAAGUAUUACCUUGUUCUAGAGGAGCUCGUCGACAUAAACCAGCAUCACUUAAAUGUGAUUGGAGUUGGCCACACCUCACUGGAUAGAGUGUGCCAAGUGACCGCCAACCAUGGGCUGCACAGUAAGCUGACUGGUGCUGGAGGAGGUGGCUGUGCAAUAACUCUGCUAAGACCAGACACAGACCCGUUGAUAGUGGAAGCAGCCAGACAAGACCUCAGUGCCUGUGGAUUUGAAUGCUGGGAGACUAGUAUUGGAGCGUCUGGAAUAUGUCUUCAUUCCCCAACAUCUUUGAAACCAGAAGUGCUGCAAAUUUUUAGUAAGGUUUAAGGUGACAUGGACUCUGAGUGACCUGACUGUAUCCUGUCUUCCUUCCCCUGCAAGUUCAGAGCUUUUUAACUCUUUACUGAAAUUGCGGCCCCCCUAGUGCCGAAGAUACUUGAGCUGAACUUUGAAGUUGCCAGUUGGAAAAUGGGGCAAAAUAUCAGUGGCUAUGGAAGUGUCAUGAAUGGAGUUCUCAAUCGAGUUCAGGCAUGGUAUAAUGGGGAUUGCUCCACUGAAGAUGGUAGAAUUAUUGUUCUUACUUACCCCAGCUGUGAGUUGGGCCCAUGUCUCACUUGAAAAUGCAUUUACUAUAAGAAAAUUCAAGAGUACGGUGUUUAACAGGUACAAGAGGGAGGAAUAUGCAAACCACACUGUCCUGGCCAAAUUCUGGUUUGAGUAAUUACAUUCUGUCUUUAAUGCAUAGGGAGUAUUAUCUUUUUCUUUCCCUGCCUCUCCAGUCAAUGUGAGUCUGGAGUAAUUAAUGUGCACAGAGUUGCUUGAGUUUCUUGUAAAAGACACCACAUGAUGCAAAGUAUGAGACUACUCCACUGUUUCUACAAAGCUGUUGGAGGAACUGCUGAGACUAUAACUAAAAAAUAAAAUGGCUCUUGGUUGUGUUACUAAUUAAAGUCGGAUGAUUAAGUUCAAAGUGAAAUUCCAAUAUUCUGUGCCCCAUUUUUUGUAGUUUCCUUUUGCACAUUCCUUCCCUGUCUAGGCUGUUACAUUAGUCUCUGUAGCCAAUUCUUUGAGCAGUCUUGCUGAUCAUAGACUCAUGGUCAAGUUCUCACACUAUUAAGAUCACAAUCUGCAGGAAGGUGUUUAAAGUAAGGACGUUAAGUAUUGGUUAUUUUAGUAAUCAAAUAGUCAAUGAUUUGUUUGCAUUGACUAUUUCAGGGAUUCCCAAACUUUGACACGGGGACCAGUAAAUCCAUUCACGAGCUUUUGGAGGACCAGUAACAUUUAUUUGCAUAUUCAUUAGGCAAAUGAUGAAUAUUCAGAUAAGCUGUUUCUGGUCCUACGAAAGCCCCCAGUGCCAGCAUUAGCAAAGCUUUUGAUACGGCCACCCACAAUAUUCUUGCCAGCAAGUUAAGGGAGUAUGGAUUAGAUAAAUGGACGGUAAGAUGGAUAGAAAGUGGCUAGACCAGGGUUUCCCAAACCUUUUACUUUAGUUGGAACCUGGGUUUUUUUAGUACUGUUUUUUUGCAGCCCAAAAAUAUAAACGCAUAUUAAAAGAAUUUAAAAAUGAAUAAAUGUUUAGUGUUUUCCCCUAUCCCUUGUGGGACACAGUGUUGCGUGGGCACUCCAGGAGGCGGGAGCAGGAGCAGAUUGGGGGUAGGGUAUCUGGCUAGGGGUAGGGUUGCCAGUUGUCCAGUUUUGUACUGGACAGUC